AUGGCACCGGGUGUUAUCAACUCUCCUCCGAGGGGCGGAGACGUGGAAAUGGGCGCCGCUUCAAUUCUCGCUUCCAGAAAGCCAGUAUUUGGUAAAGCUGGCAGCCCCAAUGAUAUUGCCACAAUUCUCGCCCCGCUAUACAAAACGAGCAAUCUGGCCAAGAUUCUGAGUACUGCAGAAAAGUACUUGGCCGAGAAUGAUCCCCCUAAACGCUUCCCCGAAACAGUACCCCAAACCGGUCCACAAAAGGGAAUAUACCAGUGCAGGGAUGCCGAAUUUUGGACAUGUGGCUUUUUUCCCGGAAAUAUCUAUUGCGUCCUCGAGAGGCUCAGAAAAUAUCCUGGAUCAAGCGUGUCCAAAGCUUGCCAGCCAGAGGACGUUCCACGGGAUUUCCCACUCAGCCUUAUUGAGCACGUCACAGAUCUAUGCCAAAAGUGGUCUGCUCCGCUACAUGCUAUGUCGAAACGAACGGACACUCAUGAUCUCGGGUUCAUCGUUCAGCCUGCCCUCCGCCGAGACUGGGAACUCUUCGGCAAUAAGCAAUCCCUGAUUUCAUUGCUCACUGCAGCCGAGAGUCUUGCCAGCCGAUAUGAUGAGCGUGUUGGGGCCAUUCGCAGCUGGGACAGUUUCCAAAAUGCGCACCACAGCAUCACCAGUAUGGACGAUGAUUUCCUGGUUAUCAUUGAUAGUCUCUGCAAUCUCGAUCUUUUAUUCUACGCCGGAAGCUACAAAAUGUCCCCUCGCCUUAUUGAGAUCGCAUCUAAGCACGCCGAAACCCUCCUAUCUACGCACCUUCGAACAGAGUCCGUCGUGCCCGGGAAGACGUUGUUCUCAACCUACCACGCCACGAAUAUCUCUCCGAAAGACAAUGGAAAAGUGAAGAGAAGGCUCACAGCGCAAGGCUAUGACGACAACUCAACCUGGGCUCGCGGGCAAGCAUGGGCGAUUCUAGGCUACGCCCAAACUUUUGCUUGGACAAGGGACCCAAGGUUUCUGGAGGCUUCAUUGGGCCUGGCAGACUAUUUUAUCUACCGUUUGGAAUCAUCUCCGGAUGUUGUCAAGGAGAAUGGCGUCGGGCAAUAUGUUCCUUUGUGGGACUUUGAUGCUCCAAUAAAGCACACAAAUGUUCACGGCUCUGAGGCUCCAUUGAGAGAUGUUUCUGCUGGAAUGGUUGCCGCAAAUGGGAUGAUUAUCCUCUACGGUCUACUUCAGGGAGCUGGGAAGAAUGAGCUAGCAAAGCGGUACUUGGAUUAUUCCCUUGUCAUAGCCAAGGACACGGUUGCGCUCGCUUAUAAUAACGAUGAGAUGGGCAUGAGCUUCGACUCGGAAACAGGAAAGAUACAGACCUACGCAAUAGGAACUGUCGACGGAAGAUCCUUUGAUGGGAUUUUGGAAAGGUCAACAUCGAACUUUAAUCAAGAUCAUGCAGAUCGGACUUGGGAUCAUGGAUUGGUCUACGCGGAUUAUUAUUUUCUUGAGCUGGGCAAUAGAUUUCUAGAUAUGGGUCUUGUCUGA